CUUUCCGCUCCCUAGCCGCCGUUCACCCGAUUCGCGCUUCCACGAGACCGCCGUUCACCCUUUCCGCUCGCUAGCCGCCGUUCACCCGAAUGGCCAACUAGUGAAUUCCCUCAUCCUUUUUCUCAGCCUGCUGGAUAUAGAGGAAGUCUGCAUUGUUUUACUUGCAUGCUUUAUGAAAAAAGAGAGAAUUAUUCCCGAGCCAACCCACUCAAGCCAAAAGCAGGCCCAAAGGGUAUAGGCCGACUCCCAGGCCUCCCGCUCCCCUGUCUAGCGCCGCCGCGGAGACGCUCUCCUGCAACGCCUGAGCGAGAGCGACAGCCGCCGCCGCCGCCUGACGCCCCUACCUCGACGGUCGACGCAUCACGGCCGUGCGUUUCCCCAAGCUGCCGAGCAUCGUCCAACUCUGCUGCUCCAGCACCCUGGCGCCAGCGGCCAGCCAGACCGUGCGGCCACUUCCCCGCGUUCGCUUACAGUAGAAAUUUGAUUCCUCGCUCCCAGGCCCGCAGGAUGGCACCGGCUUUUAUGGAGCUAGCACUCGAGCAGGCUAAGUUUGCGCUGGAUAACCUCGAGGUCCCUGUUGGGUGUGUGAUUGUGGAGGACGGGAAAGUGAUUUCCUCUGGGAGCAACAAGACGAAUGCCACCCGGAAUGCUACCAGACAUGCUGAGAUGGAAGCUAUUGAUGUCCUGCUUCGGGAGUGGCAGAGCAUGGGUCUUGAUCAGCCACAGGUCGCGGAGAAAUUUGCAGGAUGCGACCUUUAUGUCACGUGUGAGCCCUGCAUAAUGUGCGCGACGGCAUUGUCGAUAAUUGGGAUAAGAGAAGUAUACUUUGGUUGUGCCAACGACAAAUUUGGUGGAUGUGGAUCAAUCAUGUCAUUGCACAAUGGUGCUGCUUCGUCGUCAGAUGAAUUAUCAGGGAGCCAAGCCUCUACACCAAAAGGUUUCAAAUGCACUGGAGGGAUCAUGGCUGAAGAAGCAGUUGCUCUUUUUAGGUGUUUCUACGAACAAGGAAACCCAAAUGCCCCAAGGCCUCACAGACCAGUACGAAUGCCUCAACAAUAAUUGGUUUGUUUUCCUGGACUACAAUCAUAACGCAAAAACUUCAGGAGUGCAGACAUACAAACUUACUGUAAAACUUGUUUAGGAUUCUUUGUAUGCUUUAGUGUGACGCAUGUAUGCUAUUUGAUAGUGUCUUUUUAGUCUGGGAGCGCAGCCACAUUUCUUGAUCGGACCAUGCAAGUUGGUCGAUUUAAAAGGAUCUGUGACAGAAGAGUUUGCCAGUGUCCGCAAAAUCAGCAUUAUGCAAUUGGAGUAGAUUGUUUUCAUCAUUUGCAAUCUUGAAAGAAAUAUUCUGUAAUGAUGUAGAUACACUGCAACGUCAUUGACUCGUGAUAUGGUAUGCUUUUCUUUGUACAAAAUACUAUUUAGAGGUACUUC